AAAGUAUUGAAUGCCUAUUCAAGUUAUAACCCCUUCGUCACCAGGGGAAAAUAUUUACUGUAAAAAAAAGCGAGGCGUCCUUGACGAUAACAUCCACGCAAGUACAUGUACCAAGCAGUGAAGACAGUCGAUAAAAUCUUGCGAAGACUUUUUCAAGAUGCGGUCGCGAUGUUGUCUGUGACACUCUCUACUGCAAUUACCAACUCUCUACUUCGCAAAUAUUACCCCAGGGGCAAAGCAUCGAGUUCGAUAAUUCUCUUGGAGCCAACGCAGCCACUGUCGACGAGCCCCGUCAUUUUCAGUGCUGAGUUUGCGAUGGUUGAAACCAACGUCGUUCGCGUCAACCCGGAGGGCAUAAAACGCGCCGCAGCCUACAUCUCCUACAAAAUUGCCGCAGAACAAUACACUCCGCGCACGUGGCGAACCCAGCCACUGCACGUAUGCCCACCAAAACCCUACUCCCCUUCGGAUCCCCUUACGAGGCAAUGCCUAAACUGGAUAUUUAUCAUUUCGGCGCUUAACUUUAGCUUCUGGUCCGAAAGGGAGGGUACAGCCGAACGGUAUGGCGUCGAAUGGCGCAAAGGAUGGGGUAUGGAGGAAAGAGUCGUGCAUACCGGCUAUUGGAGUUUGGUCGCUGCUGUGAAUAGAGCGCUGGAGGAAAACAUUCCUAUUACGGACCCUGCUUUUUACUCCUCCGAGGGCCUUUGCCCAGAUUCACUCAUAGCCUACGUCUUUCGAGCUUCCACACAAUGUAGAGAAUCGAUCCCACUCCUCCAAGAACGCAUCGCAAUCAUGCGUGAGGUGGGGUCCAUAUUAUGCAACAAUUUCAAUGGAUCAUACCUUGGCUUCCUCGCAUCCUUCCAUAACCGAAAAUAUGGUCAAGGAACAGCCCUUGACCUCGCUGAGAUGGUCACUCACACCUUCCCUUCUUUCAGGGAUGAGCAAUGGCUCAAUGGUCGCAAAGUCCUCUUCUGGAAACGUGCCCAAAUUCUGGUGGCAGAAACAUGGGCAGCAUUCUACCCCGAAAAUUCUACUUACCAACACCCCAUUUUCCCCAAUGGUCCCGCCAUCACUACACUCUCAAUGUUCGCAGACUAUCGCGUUCCCCAGAUCUUGCAUCAUUUGCGGAUCUUGGAGUACCCAGAUUCUCUCGCACACAAGUUACGAGCAGGGACGUACCUCACGUCGGGGUGUAGAGAGGAGAUCAGUUUGCGAGCGGCAAGCAUUGUCGCUGUUGAAAGAGUAAGGAACGAAAUUAUAUGUUUGCGAGAGAAGUCACACCAGGGGUCCGGUGAAGCUGGUUGUGAUGACGCCAUUGGCACCGGCCAACACGAUGAAGAAGUCAGCAGUGUACUCAUUGAUUUUUACCUUUGGGAUUUAGCAAAAAAGAUAGAACGGGGCGAAGAGCGGAUAGAGGGUGUAGAUACGGCAGAUAUGGUCCCAGUCCACCGUACGAGAAGUAUUUGGUACUGAUAGAAUACUCACUCCGAGGUGUAUGAGAAAGGAUCCAACUUGGAACAGACGUAUUAUGGU